UAUGCAAAAAAUUCAAAACUUUAUAGAAAACAAUAAAGCAGUCGUUGCUAUUGCUGCUGUUGCUGCUGCUAUAGGUAUUGUUGGAAUUAAAGCAUUAAAUUCGGAUAAUAGAGGGAGUGGUAAUAGUUUUUCUAUAUUUAGCUAAGAUCUUGGAUGCAAGUAUAUAAAAAGUUCCCUUAAUUGAAAGAUUAGGAGGUGAAUAAGCAGUUUAACCUUUAAUAUCUUUAAUAUUUGAUCGUAUCUCAAAUAAUAAAGAUUUGAAGCCACUAUUCUAAAAUGUUGAAAAGAGUGUAUAUUAAUUUGAUCUAAUUAUUUAGAAAGUUUAAUAGCAUUUUAAUGCAGUAGUUUUAUAUUUAUUUGGAGGUAAACCAACAUAAACAUAAACAAAUUUUUCAGAUCAUUGCAAACUUAAUAUAACAGAAGCUUAAUUUGAAUUAAUUCUAAAUCUUUUAGAUCAAAUUCUUAGAUCAGUAGGAGUAGACAAUAGAGAAAUCAAUGAUGCAAGAGAAGCAUUUUUAAACAAGAAAUACUAAAUUGUUAUUCCAAAUAAAAAUGCUUGAU